CACAAAGCCACCCAGAAACAUAUGCACAGCGGAAUGUUGGUCUGGUAUGUCCAGCUAAACACUACUUACUCAUUCCUGCACCCCCAAUACGCCUUCCGUGUCCCUCCACCCUCCGCCCUCUAGAGCCCGACACCGAUCCCAUUCCUACCUCAACACACCACCCACCUACUUCCAUCAACCACUGACGCCUCCCCACUCUAUCGCUUCAGUGUGAGUGUCUCCUCAUCAGCAGACACCACUACAAACGGUGAUCCGGCGGAUGCGAGUGCCUCGUCCAAAGCACGAGCCGCCAAAUACGCCGGGAAGUGACGCAGGAGGUAUGGCGCCCUCCUUCCUACUGCCUGAGUCAUCCCCUCAUGGAAAUGGACCACCCUGACGCCAGGGGUGUUGGCGAUGACGGCAUUCAUGAAGUCCAUCUGCACGUUGCCGAAGCGGUCGUGGAUGCAGCAGGGCGUGUCGAUGGUCAGGUGCUCGAUGGGCGGGAGGAGGGCAGUGAGGGCGGGGGUUGUGAAGAGGCGGUAGAGGGGGGAUAUGGUCAGUAAGAGUUCCCCUUCGAUCUCAUGGUCGGGAUGCAGGGGUACAAAACCCAAGUGCACCUCAUCCACAUCGCCGAUGGCGUCCAGGCACUCGAGCGCCAGCUGUGCGAGGACACCUGGGGCGGCGUCUUGUGGCGGGGCCUGGUUGUCUGCUGCUGGUGUGGCGUAGCUGGUGUCGUAUCUGCUGGGUGUGUCGGUGAGAAGGAUUCUGGCCUUGUUGAGUUGCCCUCUAGCUGGCUCGAGCAGCUCCCUCACCCCUCCCUCUCUGAGCAGGUAGACGGACGGGAACUGGAAGUCGACGGUUUCCAGUUGCGGGAGGCGGCUGCAUCGCUCAGAGGCCGCUGGGAGUGAGGGCAGCACGCCGUCCGCCGACCCGGAUGCGGGGCUAAAUAUGGUCAAGUAGGUCAGUGACUCGAAGACGUAGUCACCAAAGCUACCCCUGCUGGCCGCCUGGACACCGUCUCGACCGUCAUGGACUCGGCCACUCUGGCCAUCUCGCGAACUACCUUCUUGGGCAGCACGUCAGAGGCCGUCAGGCUGAGGCGCAGCAGGUUGUCGUCGAAGUAUGCCGCAUGUAGAUGAGCAGCUGGAGUCGUCAGAACAGGAUUCGUGUCUGUCUGCCAGUCAUCGAGCUGGACAGACUCACGCAGGAGCAGCGGCGGAGGGCGUGUACAUGCUUGAAGGAAGUGUCAAGCCGUGAGGAGGGGCUGGUGGAGAGAGGCCGGUGUCUGCGGCAGUUGGAGGACAUCUUCCAGGAGGAGUGGCUGCCUGACGUUCGCAAUUUACGAGAAAGGAAAAGAACCAGUCAGGGGUCACUGUGAGGGUGUUGAGAACCACACACGAGGCACCUACUUGACAAAUGAAGACACGGUUAGAGUGCACUGACAAAAAGACCUGGGUGAACUGACAAAAUGACUUGACCUGACAAAAUGACUUGCCUGCACGUCCUGGUCCUCCUCCUGCUGCUGGCCCUCCCCGUCGGUACCCGUAAGGCCGAACGACGGGCGCACGCUGAGGCUCUCGAUGCGUCCAGCGGGGCCAAUGGCGCCCUUGUCCUCCAGCACACGCAGAAGCGUGUCGUGGGAGGAGACGAACUUGUGGCCGACCUGGAUCACGCCCAGCGACUUCAGGCUCUUCAGCGAGGGGGCAGCUUGGAGCACGGUGAUGAAGACGGGGGCGUUGGCAUGCAGCAGCUGGAAAUGGGUCAGGUGGGGGGUAUGAUCGACCCAGGCGCUCAUGAGAAGGGGGUGAAAGCCGCCCGUCACGAAGACCUUCAGUGCAGGCAGGGACCACAGGCGGCUGUACGCUGCCCCCGACCACAUGCCGCCUGCCAUCUGGACCAUCUCCAGGCUCUCGAAGGUCACCAGUGUGGGCUGUCGCUUCAGCAUCUCAGAAUUCGACUGCGGACCGUCGCUCACGCCAAGGGAGGCGUCAAGCAGGCAGCACUUUUUGAGCCGUGCAGCUGAUGCCUCCAGCAUCCGUGCGUACACGGACCGGUGACCAUGGGAGCGAUCCAGCUUCCGCCGCUCCCCUGCCGACACGUCGAAGAUGGGCACCGUCUCGAGUGCGUCGUCAUUGGCCCCUGGUUGGCCGCCGAGCCGGUCCUCUUCGAGCCCUCGCGUGUAGACCUCCUCGUCUGUGAUUAUUGUGGCGCUCUGCAGCCGGGUGAGACGGCCGCCCAGCUGCCGCAGGACACUCGUCGGUGCCUUGCGCCACAGCCUGUGCGACUCGGGCGUGACGUCGAGGUGGCGGAUGAGGAACGGCGAGCGGCACGUGUCCUCCAUGGCCUUGUUGAUGAGGCCCAGCCGGAUGGCCUCGUGGGUGGGGAUGUGCUCACACACGUUGGCCAGCUUCUCUGGCUGGAAGCCGCACAGCGACGCAUUCGGCGGAGGGGACGCCUGACAACAGCAGCAAACACAUCCACACUAUGAGGGAUGCAUAAGCUGUCUGGUCGGAGUUGGUGUAUGGCUCACCAGCUGUCGUUGUGUGAUGAUCUCAUUGGCGAUGGCCUGCGCCUCGGGAGUGGUGAAAUCUGAAGGCAUGCAUCAAAACCAAGACACAUCAGCACACCAUCAUGUCCAAGCAGAUCUGUGGCGUGAUGUGAUGGCCAUCUCACCUGUGUCCGCGUGGUGCCCUUGAUCCGCCUGGUCCGUGCGAAGGACGGGCAGCAGGAAGCGGCACAUGCUGACUUGACGCAUGCCGGAAGAGGAACAGGAGCUACAGCGCAACUCGUGUGUGGCUAAAGAUGGACCGGCGGAUGAGAAGGACUCGUCUGCUCAGGACGGACUCGUGUGACGCCAGAUGCCCGACAGCAGCCGAAAGGCAGGCAGCGUUCCCUCAGCAGCUGGACUCAACGAAUGAGAGAUCUGACUGAAAGAAUCGCGCGGGAUGGU